GAAACUUGUGCGCAGUGGUGGGCGCAGCUGCCAAGGAUGGGGUGGUGCGGCCGCUGCUCGGGGCCGCCGCCGUCGCUGCUGCUGCUGCUGGCUGUGGCCGGCGCUGGCGCGGCCCCGCGCUCCGCGCUCUACUCGCCCUCCGACCCGCUGACGCUGCUGCAGGCGGACACGGUGCGCGGCGCCGUGCUGGGCUCCGCCAGCGCCUGGGCCGUGGAGUUCUUCGCCUCCUGGUGCGGCCACUGCAUCGCUUUCGCCCCGACGUGGAAGGCGCUGGCCAACGACGUCAAAGCCUGGAGGCCGGCGCUGAAUCUCGCUGCCCUGGACUGUGCUGACGAGACCAACACCGCAGUCUGCAGAGACUUCAACAUCCCUGGGUUCCCAACUGUGAGGUUCUUCAAGGCCUUUUCCAAGAGUGGCUCAGGAGCAGCGCUGCCAGUGGCUGGUGCUGACGUGCAGACGCUGCGGGAGAGGCUCAUUGACGCCCUGGAGUCCCAUAGUGACACGUGGCCCCCGGCCUGUCCCCCACUGGAGCCUGCCAGGCUGAAGGAGAUUGAUGAAUUCUUUGAUAGAAACAACGAAGAGUACCUGGCCCUGAUCUUUGAAAAGGAAAGCUCCUACCUGGGUAGAGAGGUGACUCUGGACCUGUCCCAGCACCAAGGCAUAGCAGUACGCAGGGUCCUGAACACGGAGGCCGACGUGGUGAGCAAGUUUGGUGUCACCGACUUCCCAUCUUGCUACCUGCUGUUUCGGAAUGGCUCUUUCUCCCGGGUGCCCGUGCUGAUGGAAUCCAGGUCCUUCUACACUGCUUACCUGCAGAAGUUCUCCAGGGGGGCUGCCCAGACCACAGUCGCACCAAUCACUGCUAAUACGAUAGCUCCCACUGUGUGGAAAGUUGCAGAUCGCUCUAAGAUCUAUAUGGCUGACCUGGAAUCUGCACUACACUACAUCCUGCGGGUAGAAGUGGGCAAGUUCUCCGUCCUGGAGGGGCAGCGCCUAAUGGCCCUGAAAAAGUUUAUGGCAGUGCUGGCCCAGUACUUCCCUGGCCGGCCCUUAGUCCAGAACUUCCUGCACGCCGUGAGUGACUGGCUCAAGAGGCAGCAGAGAAAGAAGAUUCCCUACAGUUCCUUUAAAAAUGUCUUGGACAACAGGAAGGAGGGCACUGUGAUUGCCAAGAAGGUGAACUGGGUCGGCUGCCAGGGGAGUGAGCCACAUUUCCGAGGCUUUCCCUGCUCCCUGUGGAUCCUCUUCCACUUCCUGACCGUGCAGGCAGCUCGGCAAAAUUUAGACCACUCACAAGAAAGAGCCAAGGCCCAGGAGGUCCUCCAGGCUGUCCGCGGCUACGUCCACUCCUUCUUUGGCUGCCGAGAGUGUGCUGGCCACUUUGAGCAGAUGGCUGCUGCCUCCAUGGACCAGGUGGAGAGUCCAAACAGCGCGGUCCUCUGGUUCUGGUCUAGCCACAACAAGGUCAAUGCUCGCCUCGCAGGUGCCCCCAGCGAGGACCCCCAGUUCCCCAAGGUGCAGUGGCCGCCCCGUGAGCUCUGUUCUGCCUGCCACAAUGAACUCCGGGAUGCGCCUGUGUGGGACCUGAGCAACACCCUCAGCUUCUUAAAGACCCACUUCUCCCCGAGCAACAUUGUCCUGGACUUUCCUUCAGCUGUGCCAGGCCCCCAGAGCAGGGCACAGAGGAUGGCAGCUGCCCCCAAGCCCGUGGAGCUGGAGCUGGUGACCAGAAAUUUUACUCUGGGCCCUGAGAAGGCUGAGAUCAUAGUAGGCCCAGGCACCAUCGUCUGGGAUGUUCCAGUGAAGAGACUUGGGGAAAGUCUCCCCCAGGAGCUGCACGCUGGCCUCGGUGUGACCACAGCUGAGCCAGACGAGGGACCUCCUGAGUACACAGCAGAGCUUCAGAGGGAUAAGUUGGAGCAACCAGAAGGGCAGCGACGCUUGACCAAGCGAGACACAGGAGCCGUAUUGCUGGCUGAGUUCCUGGCUGAGAAGAACCUCCCCAGAGGCCCUUCAGAGCUGAGGCGAGUGGGCCGCAGCUCCAAGCAGCUGGCCAUUGUCCCUGAGGGGGAACCAGAGGCUGGGGCCAUGCAGGGCCGAGGCCAGUGGCUGCAGGUGCUGGAAAGGGACUUCUCCCACCUGGACAUCAGCCUCUGUGUGGUGCUCUACUCCCUGUCCUUCAUGGGUCUGCUGGGCAUGUACACCUACUUCCGGGCCAGGAUGAGGGCCCUGAAGGGCCAUGCUGGUCAUCCCGCAGCCUGAACCGUCCAGCUGGGGAGGGUGCAGGAAAGGAAGCUGCCGUCCAUGGGGCUCUUCCAGCCCCCCGCCCUCCCCCUCUGCCCGCCUCCCCCUCCCCCUGUUGCCCUAUUCCUCCAGCUGCCCCCUCCCCCCACACACUGCCCCUUCCCUCUCCCCCUUUGUCCAGGGAAAUCCAGGAAAACCAGUUGCUCCAGUGACCCUUCUUGGGCCUUCUGGGGAGGAGUGUUCCAUAGACACACAGACGUGCGCAGGGUCCAGGUUCAUCUGACGACUCGGGGUGAGGGGGGCUGCCUUGGGCAGUGGGGUUGAGAGCCUCUGUCCCUGGCCUCUCAGCACUGAAUUCCUCUUUUUCAGCUUAUUUGAAGUCCUGCCCCAGGACUUGGGGGCAGGACUGCCCCAUUCUCGCUGAAGCUUCAAUGUCUCUCACUUGGUCUUGGCCCUAAACUGGGGCAAGUGAGGCCACAGUUUCCAAGUUUUCCCAUCCAGAGGAGGGUCCCCGGGGCUGGAGUGGAACUCCUCACUACAUUCCAGGGCUCUGUCUUCGCUCCCUUUUGGAUGCGAAGAGGCCUUUAUGCCAGAGCUGGAAGGACUGCCUCUGUCCCUCUGUGGCCUGCCCAUCCUCCAGCCCCUCAGACCUCCUGGGUGGGGUUUGGCUUUCCGGUGGGGUUUGGAAGCUUCUGGAAGUCAUGCUGGUUUCCCAGGUGAGAUUUGGGUCAGGGAUUGUCGGAGGAGAGCCUUGGCUGGCUCCUUCCCCAAACCUCCACUCUAGGAAGAGCGCAGGCUGGAGUUGGUGUGGGGGUGCCCAGCUGGGAGGGUAAUGGUCACUGGGCUGGGGGUGAGUGGCUGUCUUGGUGGGCCCUGAGGAGAGGGUAGUGUGGGACUUAGGGAGGGAUGUUGGGGUCUACAGUGCCUUGGCUCUGGGCUUAGCUGUGAGGGGGAGAGUGAAGCCACAGGGAAAAGACGGUUGCUUCCAGUGUCCUUUGGCUCCACCCCUCUGGGAGCUGGUCUUUUGUCUUUUGAUUUUGGUCUCCAAAAUAGAUGCUAAUCUUUGAAUAUGGGGGGUGCUGGGUUUAGGGGAGCGAGGGGAGUCUCAUCUCUCUCAAGGGUCCACCUCCCACUGGGUAGAGGUUAAAAAGGUCAGAGUGGAGGGUGACGCUGUGCACAUGCUUGACUCCCAGUCUACCCCACUGCUUGGGAGGGUUGUAGAAUAAAUUAUUUUUGUUAAGGCAAGCA